CUAUCGGAUCAAUCAGCCCCAGGUCGUGUGUUGUUCAGUGGUAAUUUUUUUGUGAACAACGCGAUUGCGGGUGCGAUUGAAUUGCCGACGUUAUUGGGAUGCGUUUAUCUGAUGCGAUUCGGCAGAAAGAAGUCCCAAAUGUUCACGUUAAUAUUUUCCUCAUUAUUCAUCGUGAUCGCGAUGUGUGCUAUGCAACAGAAAUAUCAUAUUAUAAUGAGUAGUUAUAUAAUAUUAUAG